AUGUUCCCCAUCCGCUUCAUUUGCCAGUGUUGCAAGCAGCCACUAAAGCUGAAUCCGUCCAUGGAGACCUCAGGUCUUGAGACCACCCAAGAAACUACAGCUUCCACACUCUCAGCUCAGUGGGAGCCAGGAGAAACCUUGGAAAGAGGCCCUGCCUCCAAGGCAGAGACAGAUACUGAGAAGCUGCAGGAUAGUACCUCCUGCUCCACCCUCCCUGGAGAUGAUGGCAAGAUAUCCGGGGACAGUUCCAGAAACUUCAUCUUACUUGGAGAGUUUGCCCCUACAAGUAUGCUCAGUAACGCCCAGAAGACUGCUGGGGACAUGUUUGACAUCCUGACUGGUGAAAGAGAUGUGGACCACGCCCUGUGUGAGGACUGUACUGACAAACUUUUAGAGGAGCUGGACACCCAACUCAUUCUCACAGCAACAGAGAACCAGAACUACAAACAUUGGAGGAAGAGAAUACAUGACGGGGAGCUGGAGACACUGCAGGAGGAGCUGGAGGGCCUGGAGCUGGAGGAAGCAAGGCUGGCUCAGGAGCUGGAGGAGGUGGAGAAGAACCAAAAAAGAGUAGCAGAGGAUCUUGAGGCAGCCAGAGCAGAGACUCAAGUGCUGGACCAGCAGGAUGAGCAGCACUGGAGGGACUACAGUAACUUACAAUGGCAGCAACUGGAACUGCAGGAUGAGCUGACCAGCAGGAGGAACCAGCUGAUACAUGCCCAGAUCCAGUGGGACUGGCUGAAGAAGACCAAUGUCUUCAGUGCCACCUUUGAGAUCAGGGAUGAUGGCCCUGUGGGCACCAUCAAUAGCUUCAGAUUGGGCUGCCUCCCCACUGUUCCCGUGAGCUGGAAUGAGAUCAACAUGGCCUGGGGACAGACAGCCUUGCUACUUCAUGCCCUGUCCAACAAGAUUGGGCUGGAGUUUCAGAGGUAUCAACUCUUCCCCUGUGGAAACCGGUCCUAUCUGAAGUCUUUAACAGAUGACGCCAUUGAGCUGCCAUUGUUCUGCAUCACGGGGCAGAUUACUUGCUUGGAUGUCAAAUUUGACCUCGCAAUGAUGGCUUUUUUGGACUGCAUGCAGCAGUUCAAGGAAGAGGCUGAGAAAGGCGGGUGGGGUCUCUGCCUGCCCUGCAAGAUUCAUGUGGAAAAUGGCCUGAUGGAAGACUCUGGAAGCACUGGUGAGUUCUAUUCCAUCAGAACCCACCUGAACACGGAGGAGCAGUGGACAAAGGCACUCAAGCUCAUGCUUAUAAAUUUUAAGUGUAGUCUUGCUUGGCUGUCUUUAAAAUAUUGUCAAAAAUAACUUUCUA